GGGGGUAGGCUUUAUUCUCACUCAUAUUGGUGAUGCACAGGAUUGGAAAUCUAUAAACCGAACGGGGCACGCUCGCCUCCAUCUCUACAUCAUGUCUCUCUAAUCACGUCUCCUGCCUUUUUUUUCAUCUCUCUCUCUCUCAGCCCCAGCACGCAGCAUCCCUGCGUCGCUGUAUCUCAGUCUAACUCAGUCCCUGUGCCUGUGACUGGACAAACCCCUCGAUCUUCCCUCUCUCCCUCCCUCUGGCUUUGGAUCUGUACUCCCACUCCUGUGCUCCCAGGUGUCAGUUUCGCUUGGAAUUUCAGGCCGGUCAAUUUCUCGCUCCGCUCCUACUUGCAUCCUUCCUCUUUGUGAUUUACUGUGGUUGGAUUUUUGAAAUCCUGUCUCUCUCGCUCCUGAUCCAGGGCUGAAAUUAUCGAAGUAACUGAAAAAAAAGGUGGCAAAUACAGGGAGCCGGCGGAUGUGGAGAUGUUUUGAAAGGGAGACGCGUUCUGCCUGCUCUCUAUCUCUCUCUCUCUCCUGUCUAUGGGAGCGUGUUAGUAACGUCUGAGAAAGAGAGGGGGCUUUAUAAAGGGCUCCGGACAAGCUUGCAACAGUUUUGACACACUGAACAUGUCGUGUUGGCCUGUCUUUUCUACGCGGGGAUUUCUGUGGAGGAUUCUGUGGGUUACUUGCAGUUUGCAAAACUGUUUCUGGGUACGGGCCUGCCCGGGAAACUGUAUCUGCAAGAUCAGCCAGAUUUACUGCAACCAGCCCGAUAAUGUCACAAUUUUCCCCGUCCUGGAUUUGCAGGAGAUGGAAAACGUUACGGAAAUACACAUUGAGAACCAGAAGAGUCUCCAAACUUUGAACGCUUUUGAUAUGGAGCCUUACAUUGGACUCCAGAAUCUGACAAUCAUAAAUUCAGGACUUCGGUCGAUCGCUCCACGAGCUUUUGCCAAAAAUCCUCACCUUCACUACAUCAAUCUCUCGGGUAAUCAUCUCACCAGCCUUUCUUGGCAGCCCUUUCGGACUCUGCGCCUCGCCCAGCUGAUUCUGGUUGGAAACCUAUUCAAUUGUAGCUGUGAAAUCCGCUGGAUCCAGCUGUGGCAGGAGGCUGGUGAGGCCCAGUUGGAGCGGCAGCAGCUGUAUUGUAAGACUGAAAGCUCCAGCAUUCUCCUUUCCCACAUGAACAUCCCACAGUGCGAAUUGCCAGAGAUCAGUGUGAGUCACAGUGAUUUGUCAGUGAAGGCAGGAGACGAUGCGGUGGUGACCUGUAAUGGAUCAGGCUCUCCACUUCCUGAUGUGGACUGGAACGUCACUCACUUACACUCCAUUGGCAUCCACCAGACUAACAAUAAUCUGACGAUGGUCUCCGCUGUAAACCUGACCCUAUUUAAUGUUGAUCAGAAGGACAAUGGAAAACUGCUGACCUGCAUCGCAGAAAACGUGGUGGGGAUGACGAAUGCCUCAGUGGUGUUACAUGUUUACUUUCCUCCUCAUAUCAGUGAGUUAUCAGAGCCUGAACAGCGACACAUGCACUGCAUUGAGUUCACCGUCUUUGGCAACCCUUUGCCCACCAUUCAUUGGUUGCACCGGGGCCACCGGUUGAAUGAGACCGAAUAUAUCAAAACCAAGGUCUACGAUGAGUCCACGGACUGGCUCCAUGGGUGCUUGCUCUUUGACAAACCGACCCACUACAACAAUGGGAACUAUACACUUGUGGCUGAAAAUGACUUGGGAGUGGAGACAGAGACGGUCUAUGCUCAUUUCCUGGGUAUCCCAUUUCCUGAAAUCCUGGAGAACCCUUUUUACAUUCCAUCAUUCGAAGUGACAACAGGCCCUCCUGUCAGUGUUACACACAAGCCCGAGGGAGACACUUUUGGCGUCUCCAUCGCUGUUGGACUUGCCGCGUUUGCCUGUGUCCUCCUGCUCGUCUUGUUCAUAAUGAUAAACAAAUAUGGACGUCGUUCCAAAUUUGGAAUGAAGGGGCCAGUAGCUGUGAUCAGUGGUGAGGAAGAUUCUGGAAGCCCACUCCACCACAUCAACCAUGGGAUUAUCACACCCUCAUCCAUGGAUGUUGGACCAGACGCUGUCGUUAUUGGGAUGACCCGGAUCCCAGUGAUUGAAAAUCCUCAGUAUUUCCGUCAGGCUCACAGCCUCGGGAAAUAUCCAGAGACAUACGUCCAGCACAUCAAGAGGAGGGACAUCGUUUUGAAACGAGAGCUGGGUGAAGGAGCUUUCGGGAAAGUUUUCUUGGCCGAAUGUUACAAUUUGAGCCCAACCAAGGACAAGAUGCUGGUGGCAGUUAAGACUCUGAAAGACGCCACCGUCUCAGCACGGAAAGACUUCCAACGAGAAGCCGAGCUCCUGACCAAUCUUCGGCAUGAGCACAUUGUGAAAUUCUAUGGUGUCUGUGUUGAUGGCGAUCCCCUCAUCAUGGUUUUUGAAUACAUGAAGAAUGGAGACUUGAACAAGUUCCUGAGGGCUCGCGGGCCAGAUGCGAUGAUUCUAGUGGAUGGGCAGCCACGACUGAAAGGGGAAAUGAGCAUCUCUCAGAUGUUAAACAUCGCCACGCAGAUCGCAUCUGGUAUGGUGUACCUGGCCUCACAACACUUUGUUCACAGGGAUCUGGCCACUCGCAACUGCCUGGUUGGAGGAAACGUGCAGGUUAAAAUUGGAGAUUUUGGAAUGUCAAGAGAUGUCUACAGUACAGAUUAUUACAGGGUGGGUGGUCACACCAUGCUUCCAAUUCGCUGGAUGCCUCCUGAGAGUAUAAUGUAUCGCAAGUUCACCACCGAGAGUGACGUCUGGAGCUUUGGAGUGAUCCUGUGGGAGAUCUUCACCUACGGCAAACAGCCCUGGUUCCAGCUCUCUAACAACGAGGUGAUUGAAUGCAUCACACAGGGCCGUGUGCUGGAGAGGCCGAGAGUGUGUCCUAAGGAGGUCUACGACAUCAUGCUGGGAUGUUGGCAGCGAGAACCACAACAGAGGCUGAGUAUCAAAGACAUUCAUCGGAUCCUCCAGGCUCUGGGCAAGACCUCCCCCAUCUACCUGGAUAUUCUCGGCUAGUGGUCAAAGUGCACCAGCCCCCUCCUGAAUGUACUCUAUCCCAACAGUAAACUUCGGCUUCAUUUGGGAAAUCAACAAAACAAAAGUGAAGUGCCUGCUGUAUAUAAAAUGUACAGUUGUUUCUGAGGCAGUUUUCCUGGUACCUGCACGCAGAAAGUUCCUGUGAAGAAAUUGCAAAGGAAGUUUGAUUCCAAACAACAUCCCUCCAAAGUGGAGACACCCAGUCACCGUAUCCCAAUCCCAUUGUAAUGAGGACAGACGCCUCUGCCCUGGCAGUGGGGGUGGGGGCAGACGGGAAAAUCCGCAAAGUCAUUAGGAUUGUGCAGCCGCUCGGCCCCUUCGGAAGAUCGGUUCCAACCAAUUUCUUUGUUGUGAAGCCACCUUGUGACGAGGAAGCUUCAUCUAUUCUUGCGUUGUGGAAAAUUUCAUCUGGUGAGCUGGCCCUGGCACGAAGCUGCCCUGCCCUCAGUGAGGGCAGUGAAUUCAGAUUGGAUCGGGAGCUGAAAGGAAUCUGUGUCAAAAAGCAUUUGGGCGACCUUUCCGAGUUCACUUAUAAGGGAUCGACAAUGUUUGGAAUGUUGUAAAUCUUUUGCAGGCAAUUGCCUGAUGAUUACAGGUUGCCCGUCUAAAAUGAGGCAAGUGUGGCGGGGACAUGACUCCAGGGUUGGUUUGGCUACUGAGCUGCAAUACACAGUGGUCAAAGGCAGGUGCCAUGAUGGUUCUUAUUGUCCAACCAAGCGCUUGCUGUAGAUCAAACCUAUACUUGACCAGUUCUAUACUUUUAUUUUGUCAACCAACCGUUACUUCAAAGUUGUUGUCAGCUACCUUGUGUGCUGCAGUUAUGAUGCUUUAAAUAGACGCCUGUAUUAUCCAUCUGUAUAUUUAUACGCAAAAAUCUUUUCAUAAUUACAUUCACUUUUAUUUCAAGGCUACAACACUCAGCAAAGUUUGAAGAGAAAAUAAACUCCAUGUUAAUUACGUGGAGGCAGGAAGAGCUCUGACCCAUUUACUCAAGGUCAAAGAGUGAUGAGUCUCAGACACAUACACUGAGAUCUAUCACAGGAGGACAAGGCUAAGUGAAAUCUAACCACUGUUUCCUGGUGGGUUUUUGGUAAAAUGUUUGUAGACCCUAUGCCCAUUUGAAAUGUAUUGGAUAUUCUGCCAGUGGUAGUGACUGUUCAUAUGAAACUGGCAAUUCCAAGUAGAUGGGAGCUCAUCGGUCAAUGCCAUUUUCCACAGUUGGCAUUAAUCUUGUCUCUGCAGUCAAUCUCCUCCGCAGGGGAGAAAAGGUGUUGUAAUUCACUUCAAAGGAGUGUUGGCAGGUCAAGGGGAGGGCCUUGUGUUAAGAGGCUCAAAUCCCUCAGUGAAAUUUAAACAAAUGCUCCCCUUGACAUUAAAAUAACACUAAGUGCAACUGGGCAUGGCUACUGAGUUUUACAGAGCCAUCAGCCUAGUCAAUUGGUCUUUGUCUGAUGUUUGUGUGAGCUGAGGGAAUCGUAAAUUGCACAGACACCUCUCCUGCCUCUUCCUGUUGAUUGGCUGGCUGUUUGGCAACCUGGGCUUUGUCUGUGGACUGCCUGCCAUCCAGAAUGGUGCCAAAUGCAGACCUGCUCCUUAGCAAAAGGAUGUAAAAGACAUAAAGAUGGGCGUUUGUGGGAUAUCCGAAUGUGAGAAUGAACUUUAAACUUGCUGAGUGUCACCACUCCUCAGCCACAGUCGAGUUUUCUGUUAGUAGUUUUGUUCUGAGUUAUCUCAAAUACUGUGCUCCCAGAGACUGACUGAAUUAGCAAAGAACUAAUGUUUGUGUUGUAGAUGGUACUCUCCAGAAAACUAAAGGGACCUUGGGGUUGCAUGGUGGUUCAGUGGUUAGCAUGGCUGCCUCACAGUACUAGGAUCCCCGGUUUGAAUCCAUCCUCAGGUGAC